GCUGAAUGGAGGCAUCGCGCCAUGAUUGGGCCACCCCCCGGGAUGAGCCCCGGUUUUUUCGUACCCCUACCAGUCAAUCAUGCUUGUCGUCGCCAUUCUGAUGGUGGGUCUCUUUUCUCUGUUAUCGACCUGGAAGUUUUGCCUCUGUGUGUCCUCUGUGCCUCUGUGGGGUUUGUUCGAGGGAAAGAGACGGAGGAUUCUCUGAUCGGCUUCGUCCUUUGUUCCUUUGUCUUUCUAUCUAUUGUUGAGUUGGUCUUCUGCCUGACGUUGCUUUCCCCAUUCCGCAUGAUCCCCAGUUGACGUACCUUUUCGUCUUCUUUUCCGUCUGGUAAGGCUGCCUACCACGUCCCCUUCUUGGCCGUCGGUUUUGGAUUCGACUCGACUCCACCCGACCCGCGACAGGACUUGACACCUUGCAUGUGCUGUUAUCCUAGUCUCUCCAAAUCCCUCACUCCGUUCCCCUUUCCGUCCUGCGCUUCCAUGCCCCAUCGAGGGAUUCGCAGGAUUAUAGCACUGUCCAAAAUCUAAUUUUUGUUUCCUUUUCCUUUUCUUUUUGUUUUCCAGAAGAAAAGUACCAACAGAAAGACACAGCAAAGAAGGGGGCCAAAAGGGAAAAAACACUCAAAGGGGGAAAAUAGAAGGAAAAAAAAAAAAAAUGCUGGGCAGCUUCCUCGGCUGGUUCUUCUACCUUUUUGAUCCUCUAGCCAACCUAGCCGUCCCCCCGAUUCAACCGCAGGCGCGCCUGCGACCGGAGAACAAUGUCCCCGUCGCCGCGGAGGGACCAUGGGAGGACAUCAUCACCGGCCACUACGGGGUGCCACCGUUAAUCAGGAUUCACGACCGCGACGGGAUCGUCAAGUGGAAGUUCGAGCGUGACGACGUGCAGCAGGACCUGCCCAAAGAGAUCCGCAACUGCCUGUACAGCAGCGCCAACGAUGCGACGGAGCUCAAGUGGAUUCGCAACGGCACGGCCGUCGCCGCCGUCUACUCGGCCCUCGCCCUCAUCAUCAACCACACGCCCGACAACCCGGAAACCGAUAAGCUCAUCACUUGGGCAAUCUGCCGCGACAAUGAAUUCCUCUGGAAUGCGCACACCCUCGAGCCCUUGCCUGGCGACCGCAUGGCCAUCGGUACCACCGGCCAGCGCUCCUGGGACGGUGUGCUCGUGUACAACACGAGUGAGGCCCUUCCCCUCGACCCCAGCCCGCCCAUCCUCCAGAACGUCACCGGAUUGCGCGCCAUCCACGGCCUGAUCUGGGACGAGGCCGGCAGCAUGCUCUGGGCGGCCGGCACGGACUUGGCGGCCGACGGAUCCGACCCCGAACCCGCACGCGGCACCAUCCACGCCUACCCGUUCGACCAGGCCACGGGCCUCCUCCAUACCGACGAUGCCUAUGUAUACCGCCUCGACGAGCCCAUUCGGCAGGACGUCGAGUGGGGCCCGGGUUAUUCCUGGUGGACCGGCCUCCAUGACCUGGUCCCCGUCCCCAACCAGCGCAAGUUCCUCGUUUCCGAGGAUGCGGGCGUGCACGCCUUCGACAUCCCGACCGGUCGUUUCACCGAACACAACGCCGCGGUCGUCGACAAGUACCUGCCAGGCUUCCACGUCACCACCAACGAUCGCCACGGCGUGGGCGGCGACGGGGUCGUCCACGAGCUGCCCCUGGGCGACCUGAAGAGUUUCAGUGUCGCCCCCGACGGCAGCUUUAUCUACGUACAGGCCCUCUGGCAGAAAUACCGCGGCAACCACACCAGCAUCGUCGAGAACGGCGUCUACCGCGCGAUCAACGAGGGCCUCGAAAUCUACCGGUCGCGGUGGUUUGGCGACAUUGACGGCUGGCCCAAACCGCGCUAGUCCUGCUAUAUUGAUCUCCCCCUCUCUCUGUGCAUAUAUCCGCCGUUGCCUUUUUUUUUCUUGUUCUCAUGAUACUCCCAUGUACACGCGCGUCCGUUGGGCGUUUGUCGUUUUAUCUAAUUCUUUUGUCCAUGCAGGCCUCAUGCCGGUCAUGAGUCGCUUCAGCGGUCGUCCAGACGCAAUUGGAUCUUGCUGAUAGAGGGCGAGCGACGACAUCCGCUGGAUCGAUGGAUGAGGGAUGGAAGAGUGGAAGUUCCUUUCAGCUUCAUCAUCCGUAUUAUCUCCAUUUCUUUUAACUCUUCCGUUCUAUUCGCGUGGAUAGCUUCCAGCGUCGGUUGUGUACCAUAGCGUUAGACAGGGUCUUCUAU